AUGUUGUUGCACAACACAGACAUAUAUCUACCCACCAUCAAGAAUACCUUAAUCUUCAUAGACAGUUGUAGCCCUUCUGGCACAACAGUCAUCCCUGGAUACAGCGAACUGGCAGCACCUCUUGAUGCGUUGCGCAAUUGUAAAUUCCUUUCUGGUUUGUGGACUGAUGCGCACACCAAGGCAUUCAAAUCGUUGCAGGAUGCUUUGUCAUCUCCAGUCGCCCUCAGCCCAGUUGAUUUUCGUUACAAGCUGCACGUCGCUACUAAUGCCUCAGCUACUGCUAUCGGUGGUAUCAUCUACUACAUCAAGGAUGGCGUGGUUCAUUACGUUGUCAUGGCGAGUCGUAAGCUUUCCCCUUCUGAAAUGGCCUAUUCUACUACCAAACGUGAGUUGCUUGCCAUUGUCUACAUGCUUACCAAAUACCACAAAUGGCUUUUCGGUAUUGAGUUUUUCUUGCACACAGAUCAUCGCUCUUUAAUCUGGCUUCAAACGCAAAGUACGCCCAACAUGAUGCUGUUGACGUGGUAUGAGAAACUGUUCUUUGAUUACAAGUAUGAGCUGGUUCAUAUCCCUGGUACGCGUAACCUAUUACCUGAUGCACUCAGUCGGUUAUUCACCUCUGACGAUGACGAGGGUGGCAAUAACCUGGGUGGGGGUAAUCGUUAUAACAAUCAAAGUAUUAUGCUACCUGAAAAAAAGCGUAAACCUAUGCGAAAGAACAAACAUGGCUUCACCAACGCCAUGUUGCAUACAAGCAUGCAUCUUAGGCUACAUUCACUUUCUCCUCAAGCCACCUUUUACAGUGUAGCAGCAUAG